AAGUCAACAUGGUUUUGAAGAAAGUUGAUAAUCGCAUCAGAAUUCUCAUAGAAAAUGGCGUACAAACKAAACACAGGUCGYUGUUUGUCAUUGUCGGUGAUAAAGGGAAAGAUCAGGUUGUUAUUCUACAUCACAUGUUGUCCAAAGCCGCCGUMAGAGCACGGCCAUCUGUGCUUUGGUGCUACAAAAAAGAGUUAGGAUUUAGCAGUCAUAGAAAGAAGCGAAUGAAACAGUUACAAAAGAAAAUCAAGAGUGGUACUCUUGACGUGAAAAAUGAUGACCCCUUUGAGCUUUUYAUCUCAGCAACAAAUAUCCGUUAUUGUUAUUACAAUGAAACACAUAAAAUACUUGGGAACACAUAUGGAAUGUGUGUACUUCAGGACUUUGAGGCCAUUACACCAAACCUUUUGGCUCGUACUAUUGAAACUGUUGAAGGAGGAGGAAUUGUCGUGAUUCUCCUUCGAACAAUGUCRUCUUUGAAACAACUUUACACUAUGUCAAUGGAUGUACAUACCAGAUACAGAACGGAAGCUCAUCAGAAUGUUGUUGGAAGGUUUAAUGAAAGGUUUCUCCUGUCAUUAACRUCCUGUAAGAAGUGCUUGGUCAUCGACGACCAACUCAAUCUAUUACCAUUGUCAUCUCACAUGCUGAGCAUCACUGCUUUGCCUCCAAAAUCAAAGGAAGAGGCAAUGACUGCCAAUGAAGUUGCUAAAGCUUUACUCAAGUUCAUUGAAGCAAUAUCAGAGAAAACACUAAGAACUACUGUGUCACUCACAGCAGCUCGUGGCAGAGGAAAGUCUGCUGCACUUGGCCUGGCAUUAGCAUCUGCUGUAGCAUUUGGCUAUUCCAAUAUGUUUGUGACCUCACCAAGUCCAGAAAAUCUCCACACUUUAUUUGAGUUCGUWUUUAAGGGGUUUGAUGCUUUGGAAUAUCAGGAACAUAUCGAUUAUGAACUGGUUCAGUCAACCAACCCAGAGUUCAACAAAGCUGUUGUACGAGUGAAUAUUUUUAGAGAACACAGACAAACAAUACAGUAUAUUCAUCCUUCUGAUGCACAAAAACUUGGCCAAGCUGAGUUAGUUUGUAUAGAUGAAGCGGCUGCCAUACCUUUGCCKUUAGUAAAAAGUCUUCUUGGGCCAUACCUCGUAUUCAUGUCGUCCACAAUAAAUGGUUAUGAAGGAACUGGAAGAUCACUGUCMUUGAAGCUUAUCAACCAACUCCGACAACAAAGUGUCAAACAAGGARCAAUGGCKACAAAAUCUGACUCCUCUACCACCCCCAUGGGGAGAAUUUUACAUGAGGUYGCAUUAAAUGAGUCGAUUCGAUAUGCGCCUAAUGACGAUGUAGAGAAAUGGUUAAAUGGCCUGCUGUGUUUGGAUGCUACUGUAGCAGCUAAUAUCGCUGGUGGRUGCCCAGUGCCUGAUAAGUGUGACUUAUAUUAUGUCAAUAGAGAUACUCUAUUCUCGUACCACAAGGCAUCGGAGGUGUUUCUACAGCGGUUAAUGGCGUUGUAUGUAGCAUCGCAUUAUAAGAUGGGUUAUGGACGUCGAGCCAUGCAACAGUUGAUUCAGUACUACGAGGGAAAGAUCCCCAGCCUGUUUGAAAAUGGCCGAGAGAAGAAUGACGAGAUCAGUGCUCUAAAUGAUGAUGAGGAUGUAGGUCUCUUAGAAGAAGCUAUUAGUCCUCGCGCCAAUCUUCCUCCGUUGCUUUUAAAACUGAGCGAGCGACAAGCUGAGAGACUGGACUAUAUUGGUGUUUCGUAUGGUUUGACCACAAACUUAUUGAAAUUUUGGAAAAAGAGCGGUUUUGCUCCCGUUUAUUUAAGACAAACACCUAACGAAUUGACAGGCGAGCAUUCCUGUAUCAUGCUGCGCAUGCUCAAUGAAGCUGAAGUUAGCACGAACGAAGACUGGUUACAAGCGUACUGGCAAGAUUUUCGUCGGCGUUUUUUGUAUCUUCUAUCCUAUCAGUUCAGCUCGUUCCAUCCAACGCUAUCUCUUAGUAUCUUGCAACAGAAAUCCAUGAAGUUAAAGAAAGAGGCAAUCACUAAGUCUGAAUUAGAAUACUCAGUGACAAAGUACGACAUCAAAAGACUUGAUCUUUACUCCAGAAACAUGGUUGACCAUCACUUAAUUACAGAUCUCCUACCUGAAGUUGCCCGAUUAUUCUUCAUGGACAAGUUGGACUUUUCCUUGUCAGCAAUACAAUCGGCUAUUUUACUAGGUGUUGGUCUACAGCACAAAACAUUCGACGACUUAGGGAAAGAUCUAGAGCUUCCAGUCAGUCAGUUACUUGGUCUGUUUAAUCGCAUUAUCCGUAAAGUCGUUCAGUGCUUUAAUACGGUUUUGGAGGCAGCCAUUGAAGAUGAGAUCGUGAAACAUAAGAAAGUGACGAUGGAACCCUUGGCGAAGACAUUGACUCAAGAUYUGGACGAGGCAGCGGAGGAAUUGGAGGCAAAACAGAAAAAGGAACUGGAACAGUUAAAAGCCCUGGAUUUAGGAAAGUAUGCKAUAUCUGGWAAAGAGGACGAAUGGAGUCAAGCACUAGGGGGUAAAGGAAAACAUCAAUCAAUCGUUAGCAUUGCGAGCAGCAAAAGAAAAUCACAGGCGACAGAGGAAGGGACGAAAUCUAGCAAGAAGUCAAAGAAGUCCAAGAAGCAUAAGAAAUGAUUASCGAUCUUGUAGCAUCUAAAAUUGAACGAGCUUACGAUGCGGUGAAUAAAAAUCGAAUUUUAAGUUUUACUAAGGUCUUGAUUGUUGURAAAAAUAUAUUUGAUGAAUUUUGUAUUUUUCUUGAGGCUGAUGUUUUGGUAUUCUUCUGAAAGAUUUGAAACUUAUACAAUCUAUCUUGGAUCGAUGCAAAAAUUGCUGAAGGAAUGCAAAGCAUAGUUUAGAUUUGAAAGAAAUUCGUGAACGUAUUCUUCAAGUAGAGAUUUAAGAAGGAGCGAGAAAUUCAAAUCCCACACUUUUAUUGUUAUAGUUUUCGAUGCCAUCAUUUAUUCACUAACAAAUCAUACUUUUAUUAAUUGUCACUUAACMCCUUAUAAAUAAAACAGGUUUUACUAACUAGUUUAUCAAGGAAAA